ACAACCGAACCAACUUACCCUAGCCCACGGAGGCACCAACCACACGCAAUCACCACCUCACCAAACCUCAACCGAAGACCUUGACCUCCUCCCAGUGCGCAAACCAACCCGACCCAGCCAAGCGCAAGAAGAGAAGGAAGGAAAGCAACCGGAGAGCCGAGACCAACCAACCAACCCCCUCAGCAGCACCCCUCAAAACCCACCAAAAGAAAAAUGUCGGAAGCCUUCGAGCGCGAGCGCCAGAACAACGCCCGCCUAGACGAGCUCUCGGCCAAGGUGUCGGCCCUGCGCGGCGUGACCAUCGACAUCUACGACUCGGCGCGCUCGCAGGAGGUGAUCGAGUCGACCAGCGAGACGUUCUCGUCGAUGACGACACAGAUCAAGGGCUCCGCCGGCCGGUUGGGCCGCAUGGCGGCGUCGGGGAAUAAGGUGGCCGUGUUCAAAUUGUCGGGCAUCAUCAUCGGUGUGGUGCUGGUGUUAUACUAUAUCUGGAGGUUGUUUUUCUAGGCGGGCACCUAAAUGGUGUGGGAGUUGAGGGUCGGUUAGCUUUUGCUUUUCCAAACAGGGGUUGGGCAGAAGGACGUGAUGGACGUGUUCUAACGGCCUAAACGGCUGUCGAGGGGUUGGAUCGGUCAGUUACGCAGCGCAGCGCGGUGUAUGGGAUGUAUUUGGACAUGUAUUAUGGUUUGGUCCGGCUCUGGACUUGGGCAUGGCAAGGCGUUGGGCGUGGGCUGGCUUU